CGCGAGCGAGACGGCAUUCGCAGCCAAUCAGAGUGGCCGGAGGUUCGGGGAACGGCGCGGGCCUUUUGCAAAUAAACCGUCAGCAGCGGGCGGCGGCCCAAAGCGAACGGUGACGGGUUCGGUUCCCAGGCUCGCUGGUGGAAUAAACAUUUAGGCCUCGGUAGUCUGCCGGAAGUGGAAGUUAUUGUUGUUCUUCCCGGUGAUCGGCAUACUUAUUGUUUUUGGGAAGGCUGCCGUUUUAUUUAAAAAAUGUCGGCGGCGGCUGUCCUCUGUCCGUCGGUUGGGGUGGCGGAGUUAAGAUGGCGGGCAGCCCGGUGCGUUGUCUCCGGUGUGCGCGGUUAGAGCAGGAGUGAGAGGCGGCGCUUCCCCCACCCCCAGGGUGGGGAGACAGGAUGGUGACCAUAUCGCGGCGGCGGCCUUCCUAGAUGAUCGUAGCGGCCUGGACCGUCUUCCACGCUACUCGGAGCCUGGUGCGAGGGUUACUGCUUUCUCCGGAGCCACCCGGCGCUGCCGUGGCCUCCUCCCCCGCCAUCGCAGCCGAGUCCGACGCCAUAGGCCGGAUGGGCAAUAGUUGCGUGUGCCGGGACGGCAGCGAUGCCGAGGAGAACCCGGGCCCUCCGGGCGAGCUCGGAGCAGCUGAGCGUCGACACCCGCCUUCUCUUUCGUCGUCGUCGUCUUCACAUCACCACCACCAUCACCAUCCUCGCCACCACCAUAGCAAUAACGCCGAGGGCGAGCCCAGGAGCCGCUCCCGGGACCCGGUCAGGCCGCCCAGGAGGGGACGGGGCCCUCACGAACCUCGCAGGAAGAAGCAGAAUGUGGACGGCCUGGUGUUGGAUACGCUGGCCGUCAUUCGUACAUUGGUGGACAAUGACCAAGAGCCUCCGUAUUCAAUGAUCACCUUGCACGAAAUGGCAGAAACAGAUGAAGGUUGGCUGGAAGUAGUACAGUCCCUGAUCAGAGUUAUUCCUCUAGAAGAUCCUUUAGGGCCAGCUGUCAUUACUUUACUGCUUGAUGAGUGUCCACUGCCAACCAAAGAUGCAUUACAGAAGCUGUCAGAAAUGUUGAAUUUAAGUGCAUCUCUAGCAAAGCAAGAUGCUUGCAAUCCAGCUAAGCACCGCAACACUACUGCAGUACUGGGAUGCCUGGCUGAAAAGCUAGCAGGUCCUGCCAGCAUAGGUCUUCUCAGUCCGGGGACAUUGGAAUACUUACUGGAAAGUUUGAGUGGACAGUCUCACCCCACGGUCAUGCUUUUCUCCCUUAUUGCCCUGGAAAAGUUUGCACAAACAAGUGAAAAUAAAUUAACAGUCUCUGAGUCAUGUAUUAGUGAUCAACUACUUAUGCUGGAGUCUUGGGUAAAUCACACGGAUUACCUGAAACGGCAAGUUGGCUUCUGUGCACAGUGGAGCCUGGAUAAUUUAUUUUUGAAACCGAAAAGGCAGUUCACAUAUGAGAAAGUAAAUCUCAGUCACGUUAAUGCUAUGUUGAACAGCAAUGACGUUAGUGAAUACCUCAAAAUUUCACCAGAUGGACUAGAGGCUCGAUGUGAUGCGUCCUCAUUUGAGAGUGUCCGAUGUACGUUCUGUGUAGAUUCUGGAGUAUGGUACUAUGAAGUAACUGUAAUUACUUCUGGUGUAAUGCAGAUUGGUUGGGCGACCAAGGAUAGUAAAUUUCUUAAUCAUGAGGGUUAUGGGAUUGGAGAUGAUGAAUACUCAUGUGCGUAUGAUGGCUGCCGGCAGCUGAUUUGGUACAAUGCCAGAAGUGAACCACACAUCCACCCUUGCUGGAAAGAAGGGGACACAAUAGGAUUUCUUUUAGACUUGAAUAAGAAGGCAAUGAUUUUCUAUCUUAAUGGAAACCAGCUACCCCCAGAGAAGCAAGUCUUUUCAUCAGCCACAUCUGGCUUCUUUGCUGCUGCCAGUUUCAUGUCUUAUCAACAGUGUGAGUUUAAUUUUGGAGCAAAACCAUUUAAGUAUCCACCAACAGUUAAAUUCAGCACAUUUAAUGAAUAUGCUUCCCUCUCACCAGAAGAAAAAAUCAUUCUUCCAAGGCACAGACGUCUAGCUUUAUUGAAACAAGUGAGCAUACGGGAAAACUGCUGCACGCUUUGCUGUGAUGAGAUGGCUGAUACAGAACUCAGACCAUGUGGGCAUAGUGAUCUAUGCAUGGAAUGUGCCUUGCAGCUGGACACCUGUCCCUUGUGUCGUCAAGAAAUAAAGACCCGGGUCAGGCUGAUUUCACAUGUUUCCUGAACUCUUGCUUCUAAGACCUGUUCUGAUCAACAUCAGUACCAAGUGCUAACGAAUGAAACUUCAGCAGGGACAUGUACUGUCCAAAGUGCAACAUGUGUGGAUGCUAGUAUCAGUCCAUUAGCCAAAAAGGGCUAACUUGGCAUAGAUUCUAAUGGAAUGAGUUUGGGAAGUUUCAACAAAGUUCCGAGAGUGCAUGGACUCUCAGCAUGUACCUGGCUGCGUUUUAGCACUAAAUUGGUGACCUCACUGAUGCCACAUGUUGUCUAUUGUGGGAAAGUAUAAAAUGUCAAAUUGUUGCAGUAGAAUGCUCUUGAGGAUGGUUUGAGGUACAAUGAAGGGAGUGAGCACAUUAUGGGGCAGUGUAGAGAAACCUUACUCCUGCAUCUAAACAUAAAACAUCUGACCUGAGUGUGCUUGACAUGAUAUUGGGUGCCUGAAAUGGGAAAUGUUCUACUCCUUAUUAAUCCCUCAUCUUGAAGAGCACAAAAAAUCCAAAGUUUUCAAAGAUGCAAAUUCCAACAUGUUUCAAGAAUAAAGAGAUCUACUUUUGUUUUCUGCCCUCUGACUAAAAGGUGCUGCUCACCAUACUGUAUUUUUAUUUGGCAUCAGUCUGGCACAUUGUCCAAUCUGUCAAUAGCUCUGAAGGGCUACAGAAGGCUCCAAGGAUAUAUGCAAUGGCAGCAAAUCGAAAAGAAAAAUAUUCAUGAAAAAUGAGAAAUUUUCUUUCCAUUUUAUUAUCUAUAUGCAGAAAUGUUUACUUUCAUAGGCAGUGUUCCACAAGGUACAAGUGUGUCAAGAGUAGCAGUAUCAACUUUUGCUGAAAAAAAUGACACAUGGAAGAGGAACUACUCAAAACUGCAAGAUUUGCCAAAUUACUUGUUAGAAUUUGAGAUCUGAUGAAUCCAAAGAACAUUGAACUUUUUUAAACAUAAGACAUCUGUGGUAAUCAACAUACUUUCAAGUUUUGUUUUAUUAAUCACAACAUUUGUAAUCUGUCUACAGAACCAGCCUUGUGGAUAGCAAAAUUAUAAAUUAUUUAUUUAAUGAAACAGUGCGUGUUUUACUGAUGCAAGAUUUUUUUCAUUCCUCUUUAACAUUAAUGAUUGCAUUUGCCAAGUUUUGUAAUGCAACAGAUUUGCGCUUUCUCACCACCCCUCCCUACCGCUAAUUUUUUUUUUUCAGACCAGAAAUGUACCUGCUAGAGCAAUGAAUUAUGAGUCUGUUUCUAAAACACUUCUCAAAUGUAGGGUAAGAAAGGGAUAUAGCAACUUUUGCUAAAAAUGUUUGUGAAACAGUUUGAGGAAUAAUUGUUGAAUACUUGGGCUAGGAAAUGGAGCAUAGUGCCAUUUUUGGACUAGUUUGGUAUGUCAUGUUGGGUUUUAUUGGUGGACAAUUCAAACUUAACUGGUUGCUCUUGAUCAUUAAUAUACUGCACCAAAAGUACUUUACAAGAUCUUACUACAUUCCUACUUACCACUGUACAAAAAUCAGAUGAUGGAAUUCUCGUCCAAUGUCAAACAUGAAAACAGCUGGUUUUCAGAAAAUUAUUUGCAUAAUAAAUUUGAAUACAGAAAA